AUGGCGUUCUCUUCCCUUCUCAGAUCCACGCCAUCCCCUGUUCUCCAGGCACCUCACCGAUCCAAGGCAAGUGCAAGUCUCAACGGGAGUGCUAGCAGCUCUGUAAACUUCCAAUCUAGCAUCGUUGGUCAUCCCAUUUCUGUCGAAUCUUCAUCACUGUCUUCCUUCCAGGUGAGGCGUAUUCAACCUAUCAAAGCUACAGCCACUGAAUUGCCUCCCACCAUUCAGAAAUCUCCAAGCGGUGGGAAAACAAAAAUCGGAAUCAAUGGAUUUGGCCGAAUUGGCAGAUUAGUGUUGCGAAUAGCAACGUCAAGGGAUGACAUUGAUGUGGUUGCUGUGAAUGAUCCAUUUAUUGAUGCAAAGUACAUGGCCUACAUGUUCAAGUAUGAUUCCACUCAUGGAGUCUUCAAGGGAACCCUCAGGGUUUUAGAUGAGACAACCUUGGAAAUCAAUGGGAAGCAGAUUAAAGUUAGCAGCCAGAGGAACCCUGCUGACAUCCCGUGGGGUGAUUAUGGGGCUGACUAUGUUGUUGAAUCUUCUGGGGUCUUCACAACCGUUGAGAAGGCAUCAGCACACAAGAAGGGUGGAGCUAAGAAAGUUGUCAUUUCAGCUCCGUCUGCUGAUGCACCUAUGUUUGUAGUGGGAGUGAAUGAGACUACCUACAAACCAAGCAUGGAUGUUGUUUCGAAUGCUAGCUGUACAACUAAUUGCCUUGCUCCACUUGCUAAGGUGGUUCACGAGGAAUUUGGUAUUGUAGAGGGAUUGAUGACAACUGUCCAUGCAACUACAGCCACUCAAAAGACCGUUGAUGGUCCUUCAAUGAAGGAUUGGCGUGGUGGUCGUGGAGCAGGGCAAAACAUCAUCCCAAGUUCCACUGGUGCUGCAAAGGCUGUUGGAAAAGUUCUUCCGGAACUUAAUGGUAAGCUUACUGGAAUGGCAUUCCGUGUUCCAACUCCCAAUGUCUCUGUUGUGGAUUUGACUUGUCGCAUUGCAAAGAGUGCAUCUUAUGAAGAUGUUAAAGCAGCCAUCAAGUAUGCUUCGGAAGGGCCCCUGAAUGGCAUUCUUGGAUACACAGACGAAGAUGUAGUUUCUAAUGACUUUGUUGGCGAUUCAAGGUCAAGCAUAUUUGAUGCAAAAGCUGGGAUAGGGCUAAGUGAUUCUUUCAUGAAGCUGGUUUCGUGGUAUGACAAUGAAUGUGGUUACAGCAACCGGGUAGUGGACCUAAUCGAGUACAUGGCAUUGGUGGCAGCCACCCAGUGA